UCACCUGACUAUAUUAUUUUUGUUGGUGAAGGUUAUCCAUUCAUAAAAAUUUAAAUUUGGAAUUACUUUUUGCUUUUUUGACCACUUAUUAUCAUCAUGUGGUAUUUAAGGCAUCAUGCUCGAAAUUUUUUCCGAUCCAUAAUGAAACCGAUACCUGUAAAUUUGGCUCGAAAAUGGUAUCAACGAACCCGUUAUCUUUAUGUUUGUCUUGGUGCAACUGCAUUCGCAUAUUCUCUAUUCAUAGUCAAUAAACAUAAAGCUGAUAUUGAACUUUAUCCAGAUUUUGAUAAAAGUUCUAUACAUAAAAAAUUGAGAUUAAAAGGUGAACCCGGAGAAGUGGUCAUAGCCAAUUUUGCCUUUGGUAAGCCGGUUCAAAUCGAACGAUAUAAUAAUGAAGAUUAUAUACGUGAAUUUGAAGAACGAAAACGAAAUUACGAAUUGCAACGACAACAGAAAACAGUUGUCUCACAACCCAUCAAUACCAAUUCUGUCUAAUUUAUAUGAAAGUUAAUCUAGUUUUCUAUUAGAACUAUUUUUGAAAAAUAUUACUGUAUCAAAAGCAAAUGUAAAAAUUAUUAUUUUAAUUGAAAAUUCAUAAUAAAAAACCAUACAAUUUACGUAUGUCACACUUUUUGUGUGCAAAUCCUUUUCAAUUUCAUCGCUAUGGCAAUAAUAACAGAAACAAAUUAAACACAAAAACAUUCAGUCAGUUAGCAUAAAUGAUGGACUCAAAAUUUAAUAAUUAACUUUUUUAAAA